AUGAAUGUUCCAGUUGAGCCAAUCGACAGCUGGUCAAGUGAAAUCCGUCACCGGUUGUCUUCUGGUGGAACCGAUCUUCAAAUCUCUUCACGCAACACUUUCACUCGAAAUGGAACUGGUCGGGAGUGCAGUUUCGACCCGAAACGGGACUCGAACCACGCCAGUGCAACGUCCAGUCGCAACACGUUAACCGCUAGGCGACACUGCAACCAGUGUUAUUGGUUCACGGGACAGUUGUCUCGAAAGCAUUGUUACAAACGGACAAAUAAGAAAUGGACAAUGUUGACUGCAACAUGUGGUAUCAUUUUCAUUUCGAGUUCAAGUGUUUGUGUGCAUUUGUGUAUGUGUGUUUAUGAUGAAGAGGUGCUUGAUCCCAGCGAAUUUGUCUCGGAACCAUCACUACUUCUCAAUGGGUAG